AUGGAGAAGGAGAGCGGUGAAAGCAGCCUUUUCUUCCGCGGUCUCCAAAACCGCGCCCAGGGGAAGAUAAAGCUGCGAAAGAGAAAAUCGUCCUUGUACCUUGGUGCCCAGGAGGCGAGCGCCGGACGCCGCUGGGAUCUUCUUGGUGAAAACAUUUAUCUGGUUUUAUUUACCAUAACUUUAAGAAUAUUUAACUGCUUUUUAGUUCAGACAAGUUUUGUUCCGGAUGAAUACUGGCAGUCUCUUGAAGUUGCACAUUACAUGGUUUUUAAUUAUGGGCAUUUGACCUGGGAAUGGACAGAAAGAUUGAGGGGUUAUACUUACCCCUUCAUCUUUGCAAGCAUUUACAAGAUUCUGUAUCUUUUGGGGAAAGAUACUGUUCAGUUGCUGAUUUGGGUUCCUAGACUUGCCCAAGCAGUUUUAUCAGCUAUAGCAGAUGUGAAGCUUUACUCAUUAAUGAAGCAACUAGAAAAUGAGAAAAUAGCAAGAUGGGUGUUUUUUUGCCAGUUGUGCUCUUGGUUCACAUGGUAUUGCUGUACCAGAACUCUUACAAACACCAUGGAAACAGUUCUCACUAUCAUUGCUCUUUCCUACUAUCCUUUGGAAGGUUCAAAGUCUGUGAACAGUGUCAAGUACUCAUCCCUGGUGGCACUGGCCUUCAUAAUCCGUCCCACAGUUGUCAUUCCAUGGAUGCCAUUGCUCAUCAGACAUUUCUGGCAAGAACAUAGAAAACUUGAUCUUAUUCUGUAUCAGUUUUCACUUGUAGGGUUUGUUACUUUGGGUUUGUCUCUGAUAAUCGAUCGUAUUUUUUUUGGUCAAUGGACUUUGGUUCAGUUUAAUUUUUUGAACUUUAACGUGCUGCAGAACUUGGGAACAUUUUACGGUUCUCAUCCGGGGCACUGGUACCUCAGUCAAGGAUUUCCAGUAGUCUUGGGUACUCACUUACCCUUCUUUAUUCAUGGCUGCUUUCUAGCCCCAAAGAGGUUCCGGAUUCUUUUGGUGACUGUACUUUGGACAGUGCUUGCUUAUAGUAUGUUGAGCCAUAAAGAAUUCAGGUUUAUCUAUCCAGUUUUACCGUUUUGUAUGGUGUUCUGUGGAUACUCACUAAACCACCUGAAGAUCUGGAAGAAACCAGCUGCAAGUUUCCUGUUUUUAUCAAACAUGCUCCUUGCCCUCUACACUGGGUUAGUUCAUCAGCGAGGUACCCUUGAUGUCAUGAGCCACAUUCAAGAACUCUGUUACAAGAGUCAUAAUACAUCUUCAGCUUCAGUGUUCGUAAUGAUGCCUUGCCACUCUACUCCUUACUACAGCCAUGUUCACUGCCCACUUCCAAUGAGAUUUCUCCAAUGUCCCCCAGACCUGACUGGAAAAAGUCAUUAUCUUGAUGAAGCAGAUAUAUUUUACCUAAAUCCCUUAAGCUGGUUAUAUAAAGAGUUUCACAAUGUUUCCUCAUUGCCUACUCACUUGAUCAUCUUCAGUGUUUUAGAAGAGAAAAUAAGUGCUUUCCUAAUUUCAAGAAGCUAUGAAAAAACUGCUGUAAUUUUCCACACUCAUUGGCCAGAAGGUCGAAUUGGAAGUCACAUAUACAUCUAUGAGCGGAAGUUAAAAGGAAAACUCAACAGAUGAAAUUCUGAGCUGUGCCUAGAUCUUUCCCAGAGAAACGGACAUUGCUAGGUAGAAAUACUCCGAUGCUAGUCAGAUGUUACUUCUGUAAACACUGGGUACAAUUCAAGGAACUAGCAUAAAAUCACUAUGAAAAGCUUUACCAAAUAGCACUACUGAGGAAAUAUACAAAAUACCAGUAUGAACUCACAUAUUAAUACAGUGCCAGAUUUAAAAUAAAGACCUUUAGUUUUCCUC